AACAAAACAUAUUGCGCCAAUUAUAGCCCGCGAAACUUGAAAGCAUAGAAGGCUACAAACUUUCGAAAAGAGAGAGAGAGAGAUCGAUCUAAUGGACAAUUCAAACCCAGAGCUAGCCUCUGAUUCUCAGGUUCCGGGUUCUUCGUGCUCACUUUCGUUUCCUUCUGAGCCUCCUGAUAUUAGGCUCUGGUUCUCAAGCUACAAGUAUGAGUCUCCUGUUAUGGACUCGAAUGACAACUUCGGAGAUUCACUUUCAAAAGAAAGUGAAUUUGCAAAAGACAAAUUGGUUAUGGAAGAGAGCAACGGAGAUAAAGAAGAAAAUCCUGGUAGAUAUAGUUGUAUUCGAAAAAGAAGUGAAGGACUUGUUUGUGGGAAGCUUUGCUCCAGUGGGUACGUGAAAUGUUGCAGCUCUUCUGGAAAUGAUAAGCACGAAACCCAGUUUUCAAAUAGGAUGUUCCUUGACAUCCCUUCUGCCCCUUUGCUUGCAGAUUCAUUGCACUCGCCUUCGCUCCUCUCUGAGCCUCCUGACAUCAGAAACUGGUUUUCAAGCUACGUUUAUGAGUCUCCUGUAUUGAAUACAAGCGAAGAUCUUGGAGAUUUUAUUUCUAUAGAAAGCGGAAGUAAGAAUGUUGGGUCUGCCAUAGAAGAGAGCAACUCAGAAAAGAAGGAAAUUUUAAGGGAAUAUAAAAAUAGCAGAAAUAGAGGUGAUGCUACUGUGGGUGAGAUGUUGCACUCGGAUGGUGAUGUAAAAUCUCACUGGUCCGUAAAUAAUGAACACAAACCGAAGUCUUUGAAAGAGUUACAGGUCGACAUUGGGGUUGGAUGGAACAAAACUACAUCUGCUUUAAACAAUUCUUCUUUUGGAAGUUCUUUGGGACAAAGCUUGAAUGUUGAAAUACUGCAAAAUGAUCGAUUUAGUCCAACCAAAGAUGUCUCAAGCUUGAAUUGUGAGGAUUCUAAAAGUAAGCAAGAGCAGCCACAGAAAACCACUUCGAUGCUAUUGAACAUCAGUAGAACUUCAGGAAGUGAUGAUAGAGAAACUCCAAACAAGUUGAUUUCUAUUAGGGAUUCCACACGGGAGAUCUCACAAGUGGAGGUCCAAGCAGAACUUGGCCACGGGUCACCUGAAAGCAAUUCCAAGUUAAAUCUACUCAAUGGAAUUACAAUGAAAAAAUCAACUCAGGAAAUAAGUGGCAAAGAAAAUGAAGAAAAAGAUGUUUCAGAAAUUGGUUUUGUUACGACAAGGAAUAUCAACUUUAAGAGGACAAACAAUGAGGAUUCUAUGAGAAGGCCAGAAGGUAUUAAUAAAAGGACAGAUUCAACCUCUUGUGGAAAGAAAGGUCUCAUAAAAACAAAGGUCUUAGCAGAAACAACCAAUUUUCAACGCUCUGGUGCAAUAGAGGUUACUGGGAAAUGGCAGUGUCCUCAGAAGAGUAAGCCGGAUAAGGGACCUCCAUUGAAGCAACUUCGACUAGAGCAAUGGAUUCGCAGGGCGUGAAAGCUACAUAAAUUUGCUUCUGACUUCAUAUUUGUAACGCUUGAUAUGUCUAGUGUUCCACCUCCAGCCAAUUGGCUAAGUCAGUUGGAUGUAAAUGGGUUGGUAAUGCAGCCAAAUUUGUUGCCCCCAUCGCAUUUUUGUUUUCCAUAUUUGUUGAUUUCUUAGCA